CGCCCUGAAAGUUCCCGUGUACUUCGCAGAUCUCAGUCUCAAGUGCCCAAGCUUUCCCCAACGAUUUGUUGUUGUCCUCGAAUCGCACUGUGGCAUCUACCACCGCUACAACUCCGUCCUUGACGGUACCAGGUUCAGUCUCUUGGCAACUUUCCAACAUGAAAUAGCAGUCUGUUCUGUCAGCCGGAAUUCGUAUUUGUGUUAAACUUGGAAGCUAACGUACCGAAGGCAAUAUGCAUUAGCAUCGCCUCCAACUGUUGGCUCAAGAUUUAAAAUCGUCUGGACGCUAAUCGUAAAUUUCAUACUGGACCUCCGAGGAUCUUUUUUUAAAGUUUUCCUUAACUUUUAAGCUAGUGCAUAUUUCCAUAGUCCCUCCCCCUUUGGGGCUACUCGCUCCUUUCGAACAGUAUAAAUACGGUCUUUGAAUCAGUCGCGUCUUGGACCAGCUGCAAGUGUGCCUCUGCCAGAACCAAUGGAGGGGUAUUCCAGUUCCUUUUUAGCGUGUGUGUCUGUUAUCACCGUGCUAGGCAUUGUUGCUUUUCUGAGACUGGUGACGUCUGAAGCACAAUUGACUCAUCGCCUGAUCAUUUAUGCGAUUCUCCUUAUUGUCCUGGAGAGGAUCUGUUGCAUGUAUCUGGCAGGCUUGUCAGGGGUUCUGAUUUUCACUGCAGCAUGCUUGCUUGCCUUUCAGUCACUUUCCUCUCCUAAGUUAUCUGUGCAGGGAAAGGCUGUGCUCAUUACAGGCUGUGACUCAGGCUUUGGAAAGGCAAUGGCUCAACACUUCGACUCCCUGGGUUUUGAAGUGUUUGCCACAGUGUUGAAUAAAGAUGGGCCAGGAGCAAAGGAGCUGCUACAGAUGUGUUCACAACAACUUACCUUAAUUCAGAUGGAUCUCACGAAACCUGAGGAUAUCGAAAGAGCCUUGCAAAUCACAAAGGAGAAGCUUGGUGAAAAAGGUUUAUGGGGUUUGGUCAACAAUGCUGGACUGUGCUUCAACAUUAGUGAUGCUGAACUCUCGACCAUGUCCAACUACAGAGGCUGUAUGGAAGUCAACUUCUUUGGUGCAAUAACUAUUACAAAGGGUGUCCUUCCUCUGAUACGCAGAGCAAAGGGCAGGAUUGUAAAUGUUUCCAGUCCAGCAGGAGAGAUUCCAUUACCCUCUUUAGCAGCUUAUGGAGCUUCAAAGGCUGCACUCACCUUAUUCACAAACAUUUUACGUCUGGAGUUGAGUCAUUGGGGAGUGAAAGUUUGCAUCAUACUUCCUGGAUCCUAUAAAACAGCUGCAUCACGUAAUUUUGAAUACUGGGAGCAACAAGUCCACCACCUCAUUAAAAGCAUUUCUUCAGAACUGCUGCAGGACUAUGGAGAAGAGUAUAUGUUAGAGAUAAAAGAUGAAUUCUUGAAAAAUAUCUCAACUGCCAAAGAGGACUUUAGUCCUGUAAUUGAAAGCAUCACAGAUGCUAUCCUCUCAACAAAUCCAAAACCAAGAUAUUAUGCUGGAAAAUCAACUAUCAUUAUGUACAUGUUUCUCUGUAUUUUACCAACAUCAUUAAGUGAUUUAAUUUUCAACAGGUUUUUCUUAAAAAGGAAAGUGUUACCAAAGGCUUUGCAAAAAUAGUACAGUGUGGGAAAAAUGGAUAUAGUGAAUAAUUUUUCCUCCAAAAUGACCAGUUAUUCUGAUAAUUCUCAAUGUAUUAGUUGCUUGUUUGGUGCCAAGUCAUUACUGGGAAAAGUGAGAUGAGGGGGAGGGGAAAACAGAGGGUAAUUUCUGCUUUCACUAUCCAGGUGGUAAACUGGUGGGGGGGGAUUGCCCAUCCAUAAUAGGACUGCCCCUACCUCCACCAAUUUUCCUCCAUUGAUUCCAAUACCGAAGGUGAAAAUUACUCCCAUGUAUUUAACACCAGGGCAUUUUGUAUAUAAAACUGCAACUGUAGAAAUACAGCUGAUUUUUUUACAGUCAGUAAUAAUUAUGCAAAAAUAUUCAACAGGAUCCCAAGUUCCAAAUAUUAUUUAGAUAUUUUUGAAUAUGACUUGUCUACUGUAACUUGUAAAUAUGGAUUAAAUGUGCUGCAACCACAUUUGCUACUUUGAAAAACAGUAAACCCCUACACAUAAAGUGGGCUGAACCUUUUUUGGUGGGACAAAGAUUAUAAAAUGACAUUCAUAGCAGUGGAACCCAGCAAAAAUUUCAUGAAUAAUUAUGUUUUUGAAUACAACACAAUUUUUGAUGAUGCAUCUAAAUUAUUUGGAACAUUUGGGCUGUUUUAGCAUGCUUUGUGUUAAUAUUGUUCAACCUGUAGAAAAAAUUGUGGUUGUAGAUGAAUGAACGAAAAGGAACUUCUGAACUUAUCAAUAAGCCUAUUUUUUGCCAAAUCUAACUAGUUUUACAAAUGCUAUGUGCUCUCUGAAUGCAACAAUGUAUAAUUAGAUUGUGUCCAAAGAUAGAGAUUAGCACUGGGAAUUUCUUCCAGUUAGGAAGAAUCCUCAACGCCUUUUUCAGGAUAUGUUGAAAAGGGAACGUUCCUUUGUUAGAAUGAACCCUCUCCAUACACUAUCCAUUGCCUUCAAAAAAAUUGAACUAUUUGUAUCCUUGAGUUAUUCUAAUAUACUUAAAAAAGCACAUUUUGUUUCAUGAACAUCUAAAAUUAGGCGAUGAUGCUGCCCCAACAGAGCCUAGAGCUGUGUUCUACUGCUGCUUGAUGUCUCUUAUUGACGAACCUCUAUCUGUUGCAGCUAAUGAAAGUCAAAUCUUUCUGCUAGCCUUCAGGAAUUGUUGCCUACUAGUAUAAAUUAAACCAUGGAAUGUACCAAAAAAAAGCAAUGGCAUUAGGAGCCUUUUAGCUAUAACUGUGGUCUUUUAUUAUGUAUAUGAUAUAUUUGAUCCUGUGUGUGUGUGUGUGUGUUUAUAUAUUAAACUGUCAUUUAUGCUUUGAACACCAAUGAUAUGAAUUUGUCAUGAAGCAUGAUUUAAGCCCUUGUGUCAUUGUAGCCAUCAACCUUGCAAGUAUUUAUACCUGUCCAAUAGUUCAUGAUGCAUAACCUGCGUAAUUAUGGAACCUGAUAGGUUAGUGUUUCUUUAUAUCUAUUGUUACCUGUGGAACAAAACUUGCAGAGUAACUGAAAGCUUUGAUUCUCAUUCUUUCAAGACUGUAAUUUGUGCAAAAUAUGUACUGGGGUAAAUUCAGGUAAAAAGCAGAAUGACUUGAUCUGCAUCAUUAUCAUUAAUAUUACUUUCAUACCUGUAAGUUUACUUUAGAAAUAUAAAUGUACCAGUAUAAAAAUUAGUUUUAUAAAAUUUGAAAAUUUAAUAUUUGAUAAUUAGAUUUAAGUUAGAAUCGCAAAUGCCAGGGGCUUAAAGAAUAUGAAAAUACAGAAUGUAAAAACAUGUGACUUACACUUUAAUAAAAAUAAUUUUCAACA